UGCAACUAUAAAAGGGCAAGGCCGAAACAAAAGAACGGAGUUUUGAUUGUUGGAGAGGAAGAAGAGAAAGACAAAUGCGGAGGGGGACUCAAAUCUUACGCAAAAGCCGCAAAGUUGUGGAGGAUCUCAACUUGCUUAAAAUCUUGCAAUCUGAAAUAUCCCACGAACUCACCUCCAAUUAUUUCCAGGAUAAAGAAAGCGGUUCUCUAGGAGAUUUUACACUGGAGUGGAAUUCAUCGCUGUCACAGGAUGUUGUUUUGCAGAGAAAAAGUGAGUCCGGUGAAGAGAUUGCUGUUUCAGCUUUGUUGGGCCAGGAGACAUAUGGUGAGGGUCAAUUUCCAAGGGAAGUUUUAAUGAAGGUUUGUGUAAGAAAGCCCGGCUUGAACUCCAUGUUGCAGUUUGAUUGCGGAGUUUCUGAGAAAGGUGUUCAUGGAUCUCACUUCAACAUCCAUAGUGCUUAUUAUCUUCAAUCGUCAACCGUUCCUGGUUCUUCAGUCUACAGAGGUCCUUCCUUCAGCUCUUUGGACCCUCAAUUACAAGAUGCACUCAAGGAAUAUCUUGUAGCCAGGGGAAUUGGAGAAAACCUGACCAACUUCCUCCUCCUCACCCUACAUAAGAAAGAACAAGGUCAAUAUUUGGACUGGUUAAGGAAACUUGAAUCAUUUGCUGCAACAGACAAGUGAGAUAGAUUAUUGCAGGCAGCAGGUUGAAGUUAUACAUUGCUUCCACAUUUUUGCAUCACUGAUGCUGUCUUAUGUUGUAGUGGAAAAGGUAUGUUGAUCAAGUUCAAGUGCCAGUGCCGUUUAGGCCCUCGUUGGGGUUUUGGCACAGCACAAGUCACUUCCCACCAAACUGGCUCUUAGUAAUUAAUUUUCUUACUUGGCUGGAAUGGUACUUUGGAGUAGUAUAACUUAUAUUAUGUAGUUAUCAUGGAGCAUUUUUACCUUUUUCUGGAAUUUUCAUGUUUUUAAUGACAUUAAUAGCCGUGAAUUAGAGAAAAUAAACAUAUAUUCCGAGGCAUGUUUAACAGCUGGAUAUUCAUAGCCAUCCUGGUUUCAACAGUAGCAUUUACGUGGUCUUAGGAUUUAGGUAGCA